UCAGUGGAAUAAAUCAAAAUCGUUUCUGACACAGGAUAAUUUUUUGGUCAAUUAAAGUACUUAAGUCUGAUUUCUUUUUGUAUGUAUUUUUUCCUAUGAAGUGUUAGUUUAAAAGUAACUAUUGACCAGUGGAAAGCUAUUUGAAAAAAAUUGAAUUUGUAAUAUGAUAAGUUUUUGAACUAUUUUUAAAUAAAAUAAGUUAUUAUUUAAGGUGAAAUAACAUUUAUCAAACUAAAAAACCUAAAACAUUGGUAUUAGUGUAACCCUUAUAUUAAAGAAACACUUUGUUCAAAAGUGAAAAAUCAAUAAUCUUACGCAAAAACGGGCUGGAUACUUUACCACACCCGUAAUACAAAAGACACCCACAACAUGACGUGAUUGAGUAAAUUCGCUUUCUUGUCUUGAAAAAUAAAAAUUAAAAAUGGAUGGCCCAGCGUUUAAUGAAACUGAAUUAAAUUGCCAAUAUACAGCUCUACAAGAUUAUGAGCAAUAUCAACCAAGAUUCCCUAACUCUUCAAUCUACGUUACCAAGUCUCCUGAGUUGGCGGUUUCAAGAGCCGCUGGUCAAUGUUCGUACGGUUCGGAUCACAAUACAGCAAGUUUAAUCGGACCACAAGUUCAACUUGCUACUUCACAAGAACAAAAUGAGUCUGUAAUUCAAGAACGUUCUUCAGUUUCCACCGUAAGAUAUAUGCAAGCAGCACAGUAUGACGAAUUACCUGAUUACGGUAUUAAUGCUUGCCCUGUUGAGUCGCACUAUAUUGAGAAUCCCACCAUUGCUUAUGGAUACGUGUCAGAAGUUAAUUUUGACUAUCCGAUUGAAGCAAGCAACACCAACUCGUACUCACCAAGACCAUUGUUAUUUGAUAGCAAUCUUAAUGGAUCAGACGCAGCUCUUCCUUCGGAUGGAACAAGAGCAUAUGAAGGCCAUGCUGAUUACCAGAGCAAAAUGGCACAACUUACUCUAACUCCAAUGGAUUCGGUUUCACACAUAAGAGAUCCCAAACAUAUGCUAAUGGAAGGCUCAGGAAGUGACAUAUGUUCUACAAUGAGAUGGCGUGAUCCAAAUCUGUCAGAAGUUAUAAGCUUUUUAAAUAACCCAAAUAACGAAAUUAAAGCAAAUGCAGCUGCAUAUUUACAACACUUAUGUUAUAUGGAUGAUCCAAAUAAGCAGCGAACUCGAACAUUAGGGGGGAUACCACCUCUUGUGCGUCUGUUAUCAUACGAUGUACCAGAGAUCCACAAGAACGCAUGUGGAGCACUUCGAAAUCUAUCCUAUGGAAGGCAAAAUGACGAAAAUAAACGAGCUAUUAAAAAUGCGGGGGGUAUAACUGCCCUUGUAAAUUUGCUGUGCAGGACACAAGAGUCGGAGGUAAAGGAAUUGGUCACUGGAGUUUUGUGGAAUAUGUCAUCUUGUGAAGACAUUAAACGCUCUAUUAUUGACGAGGGCUUAAACGCAAUUGUUAGUAAUAUUAUUAUUCCCCAUUCUGGUUGGGAUGCGGUUUGUGCGGGAGAAACAUGCUACUCUACAGUUUUUCGAAAUGCUUCGGGAGUUCUACGUAAUGUCAGCUCUGCUGGUGAAUUUGCCAGAACCAGUCUUAGAAACUCUGAACAUUUAGUGGAGUGUCUAAUAUAUGUUGUGAAAAUGGCUAUAGAAAAGAAUAACAUUGGAAAUAAAACGGUAGAAAAUUGUGUAUGUAUUUUACGCAAUUUGUCUUAUCGGUGUCAAGAAGUUGAGGAUCCUAAUUACGAUAAACAGCCAAUGCCAAUACAAAGCCGGCCUUCAUCCAACUCUUAUAAAGGAGAAAAUCUUGGCUGUUUUGGGACAAGUAAAAAGAAAAAGGAAGCUGCUCAAAGCGAACAUCAGAUGGAAAAUAAUUAUACUCCCAGUACUUCAAAAAAUUCUGUGCCCAAUAGUUUAUCACACAAACGAUAUGAGCUUUUAUGGCAACCCGAGGUUGUGCAGUACUAUUUAGCUUUAUUGCAAAGUUGCUCUAAUCCGGAAACUUUAGAAGCGGCUGCAGGAGCUAUUCAGAAUCUUUCGGCAUGUUAUUGGCAGCCAAGUAUUGAUAUUCGGGCUACGGUUCGCAAGGAAAAAGGAUUACCUAUAUUGGUAGAACUUCUUCGUAUGGAAGUUGAUCGCGUAGUUUGCGCCGUGGCAACAGCUUUACGAAAUCUUGCCAUAGAUCAACGGAACAAAGAGCUUAUCGGAAAGUAUGCUAUGCGAGAUUUAGUCCAAAAACUCCCUACUGGAAAUCCACAGCACGAUCAAAAUACCUCCGACGACACCAUUACCGCAGUGUUAGCCACAGUUAAUGAAGUUAUAAAGAAAAAUCCAGAAUUUUCUCGGUCUUUGCUGGACGCCGGUGGUGUUGAUCGUUUAUUAAGUAUUACAAAGCAACGUCAAAAAUAUACUUCUUGCGUAUUAAAGUUCGCCGGUCAAGUUUUGUUCACAAUGUGGCAACAUCAUGAGCUACGUGAUGUUUAUAAAAAAAAUGGCUGGAAAGAGCAAGACUUUGUUUCAAAAUCAUUUACAGCUCAUAACAUUUCUCCAAACUCACCCAAUAAUGUAAACAACACUCUAAAUAGACCUAUGGCAUCGCAAGGCCGAACAAGAUAUGAAGAUCGGACGAUACAAAGGACUCAAAAUAAUGCGACUCGUAAUACUGCAGGAAAUGAUUUUGCAAGCUGUAAUGAGUCACCACUUCUUUGCCAAAUGACCGAUGACGCAUCUAGCAAUGGUGUAGGUAAUGAAUCUUAUCAACGGAGAAAUCAAAACCCUCAAACAGCUAUGUACAUACCAAUAAUGGAGGUUGGACGAAAUCAUUCCAAUUGAGAAAUUAUAUCUUUUAAAUACUUUUCAUAUUUCAUAAAUAUAAUAAAAUGCACUUACGAAUAUGUUUCAUAGAUGCUAUAUCGAUACCUCAGGGUGCAUUUGCUUUAAGUUAAAUUUAUUUAUUUGUCCAAGUUUUGCAGUUUUGUGGAAAAUUCGUGACUUCAUUUGCCGUGGAACCUAUAUGACAAACUUAUCCAAAUAAAUACACAAUAAACACAAUGUAAUGAACAUGCAA